AUGUCUGUUCUAACUGGAAAUGCAGCCGAUUUGUUUUCUUUGGAUGGAAAAGUUGCUCUUAUUACUGGUGCAACAAAUGGAAUUGGUCAAAUUAUGGCUGUUGCUUUAAGUGAAGCCAAUAUCUAUCAGAUAAUAUUCGUACAUAGACCAGCAACAGAUCCAACUAAAACAAUAGACUUGUUAGUCAACGCAUCCAAGAACAAGAUUAUCGUCUCCUCUAUUGAUUGCGAUCUAUCUUCUGAAAACUUGAAAAUCGAGCAAAUUGAUGAAAAAAUUGUUCAAAAAGCUAUAAAUUUAUCCUACAAGAAAAAAAUAGACAUCUUAAUCAACAACGCAGGGAUCACUGUCCUGCAUCCUUUCAUUCAAUUUCCUGACGACGAAAUCGACGAAAUCUUUUAUAUAAAUUGGAGAGUUCCUGCAAAAUUGGCUCAAUUGGUUGGUCAACAUAUGAUUGAAAACAAAGUCAGGGGCAAAAUUAUUUUCACCUCUUCUGUUUUAUCGGUUUCGGGGGCUCUAAACUUGCUUCCUUAUGUUAGUACCAAAGGUGCUAUUACACAAACAGUCAAAGCUUUGUCAAAUGAAUGGUCAAAAUAUGGAAUAAAUGUAAAUGCCUUAGGUCCUGGUAUAGUUGAAACUAAAAUGUCUGAUUAUGUCCAAAAAGAUGAAAGAAUUAAAGGCAUUUUAAUUGCUAAAACUCCCUAUGGUAGAUUGGGUCUUUGCGACGAUUUAAAAGGUCCUACCAUUUUCUUGUCCUCAAAAGCCUCAGAUUUUAUGUGCGGUUCUACUCUUUUUAUUGAUGGUGGUUAUUUAGGUGUUUAA